AUGGCUUGUUGUGAAGACCAGGGUGUUCCUCAGAUAUGGUCAUUAAUCGAAUAUGUUUCGUCGACAAUAAUCGUCUUAAUCCUCAACAACAAAGUCUCAACAUUUUUCGUCAAAUUAAAAAAUAUAGACACAUUUUUGAGAAUUAACAAGAAAUAUUAUACGCGUAUUAAAUAUAGAUUAUUUUUCAUUGUCUUUGCUAUUUGGUCCGUCAGAAUUGUUUAUACGACAUUCUUUUGUGUUUAUUAUGAUUGUUAUAUUUAUUUUUAUAUGUAUUUGUUGAAUCAAUUUUCUUUGCUCGCGUUAGAUGUGAACAGAGUGUGGAGAUUCACUCUGUAUGAUGAAAUAAGGUACAGAUUAAAAAUACUUCGUGAACGUUUGGGGGAAAAUAUUGAAUUUAAUACUUAUUUGUACGUGGCCAAUAAUAAAAUGAUGAAGGAAGGUAAAAUAAGGUUCUGUUUGACUUUGUAUAAGAAUAUUGCUGAUACUAUGGACCUCAUGAUACCGGAGUUACAUGCAUCGCUUUUUAUGAGUGUUGUCUGCAGUUUACCAAAACUUGUAAUAAAUGUUUAUCAUAUACUUUUGGUCAUCGAAAAUCAUCUUCCCUACGAAUCCAUGGGAUUCAUGUUAAUGCACAUAUUACAAAUCUCCUUCUUCCUCUUCUCGCCGUGCGCAGUCGCAGAACUAUUCAUUUCUGAAAUAGAGAAGAUUAGAAAAAUUCUUAUGCACAAACUGAUGCACGAAACUGAUGACACUCAGAAAUCAGAUAUCCAGUUGUUUAUAAGCUAUACACACGAGAGGAAUUUCCGCUAUAAGAUUUGGCGAAUUAUUCCUGUCAAUCUGUCUUUGCCACUAGACUUCAUUAACCUUUGCACCACUUAUGUCAUAGUUGUUAUUAACUUCACACAUUUGUAUGGUUAG